AGGGCAUAAUAAAGCAGAACUAACAAAACUUGUCCUUGAUGUUCUGAAAGUUAGACAAUACUCAAAUAAAAGAUUGAAAGGUGGGAGAAAAUUCACAGCAUUAUCAGCAAAUACAAAAAAUGCUUUGAAAAAAAACAAAUUAGGUAAAUCGUUCUGGAUGCGCUUUAAAGCUAAGAAUCCAAGCUUAACACUCAAGCGACAAGGAAAUGUGUCAAUAAAUAGAGCUCUCAAUUUCACAAAGGAAAUGGCAUGUUCCCACCUUGACAGUCUUGCAGAGGAAUUGAUCGAGGCUGGCAUUAUGACUGAAGCAGCCCAAAAGGAGACAGGAGUUUGGUCUGGAAAUAUUGAUCUAUGCAGAAUAUUUAAUCAUGAUGAAACACCACACUUUAUAAAUUUUGGUGUUGAUGGUACUCCUGCUGGUCUUGUUUUUGCUGCAAAAGGAGAAACAUGUUGUAAAAUGAUAAGAGAGAACCGUGAAUGUGUCACCAUUCAUCCUCUAGUAUCAUUUUCAGGUAGCUAUUUCCAUAUCACUUUUUUGAUAAAUAUUUAUAAUAUAGAUUGAAAGGGUGGUGUUGUAUAAUAUUUCUUUGUAAUUUUAAGAGACCUUUG